AGUCAUUUUUGGUGUGUCUUACUGUCACAAAUUUUUGUUGUGGUCUUGUGUUGUACGUGUUGUGCAAAAUUUGGUUGUUAAAUAACGAAUUUUCUGAUAUAAGUCAAUACACAUAAGUAUUAAGAAAAAUGACGGAAGUUUUGUCUGUUGAAGAGGCUAAUCAAGAUCGGGUGCAAACCAUUUUAAAAGGCUUUCAAGUGAACUGGAUGAACUUACGAGAUGCUGACACAGGAAAGAUCCUCUGGCAGAACAAUGAGGACAUGUCCAGCCCACACGUGGAACACGAGGCUCGGGUUCCGAAGCGCAUCCUGAAGUGUCGCGUGGUGUCCCGCGAGAUGAACUUCAGCUCUAUCGAAUCGAUGGACAAGUUUCGCAUUGAACAGAAAGUCCUGUUCAAGGGGCGCUGCCUGGAGGAGUGGUUCUUCGAGUUCGGCUACGUGAUCCCGAGCUCCACAAACACCUGGCAGUCCGUCAUCGAGUCUGCUCCUGAAUCUCAGAUGAUGCCGGCUAAUGUACUCAACGGCAACGUGGUAAUUGAAACCAAGUUCUUUGACGGAGAUCUGCUGAUCACCACGUCGCGAGUGCGGCUUUUCUACGUAUAAAUCAACGUUCACUAGAAACUGAGAUCUUCUAGUCAUACUGAUUUAAUGCAUUUCCUCACGAUAUUAUUUCAAGACACAUAUAUUAUUAUUGUUACAUGAUUCCAUUCGAUUCAAAAUCACAAGUGACCUUACGAUUGGGUUUAAAAUCGAUACUCUUGUUCUUGAAUGCCUACGUACCCUAUUGCAUAAGCAUUUACUAACAACUUCGACGUAAUUCCUAAGAUUUUCUACUUUUCAUUCAAUAGAGUACGUAAGCCAUUCAAGUGGAAAAAAAAAACGUAAAAUUGUCAAUUCGAAAAAAAAACACGUAAGCUUUUUAAAGUUAUUUUUAUAAAAAAAGCAUUUUCUAUUGCUCUAUUAGAAAGUAGUUUCUCUUUGUACGAUGUAUACUAUUAUUUUAAUUACUCGUGAUUUUAAAUACAUUUAACUAUACAAUAAAAUAACGCAUUUCAAAUAAUACAUCCUAUUUUGUUCUAGACACUUUUGACAUAAUAUUUUGUUUAAGAAAUAUUAUGGAUUAGGAUGAACAAUAUUUCUGUGUGAUUUUAUCUAUGAAAUUCAACGAUCUAUUUAGUACUAUAUGUAGUGACUAUUUGUAAAAUAUUCUCGGACAUAAUCAGAAAUUGAGCUUACAGAAAUAUGAUGUAAUUUAAUAUUUAUGAGUAUUAUUAGUUUAUUAAUUUUAAGUUUUAAAUAGAUACUCUAAGGUA